AUGGCGCCUCUUCAGACAUGGACGGUCGACAAGCCGUACCUCAACAUCCACUGCGGCCUAGGCGAAGGACCAUACUACGAAAAGGCGACCAACGUCCUCCGCUUCGUCGACAUCAAGAAGAAGAGGGUCCACUUUGUCAACCUCGACCAAGGGCCCGAGUCCCUGCGGACGCUGCAGCUCGACGUGCCCGUCGGCGUGACGGCCGACGUCGAGGGGGUCGACCCGGCCGACAAGAUCCUGGUCGGCCUCAAGUACGGCAUCGCCGUGCUCGACGUCCGGUCGGGCGCGUACGAGUACGUCGCCAAGCUGCACGACCGGCACAAUGAGAGGUUGCGGUCCAACGACGGCGCCGUCGACCCGAACGGACGGUUUUGGCUUGGUACCAUGACGGAUUUCGGACUGGGUGAUUUUCAGGUUGAAGGCGCACUGCACCGCUUCGACGGAAAGUCGGGCAACGAGCAAGUCCUCCAGGACAUCCUGAUCCCCAACUCGGUGGGAUGGUCCCCGGACAACAAGACAAUGUACUUUACGCACUCCACCGACCGCAAAGUCUACGCGUGGGACUACGCCCCCGCCGCCGCCGCCGCUGCCGACGACGGCGCGCUCUCCAACAAGCGCGUCUUCUACACCCACGACGGCAAGGGCGAGCCCGACGGCUUCCGUGUCGACACGGAGGGCAACCUGUGGCACGCCGUCUACGGCGAGGGUCGCGUGCUCAAGAUCUCGCCCCAGGGCCAGCUCCUUGGCGAGGUGCGCGUGCCGACGCUGGCGACGAGCUGCGUGCAGUUCGUCGGGACCGAGCUCUUCAUCACGACGGCGCAGCUUGGCGAGGACGAGGGGACGGAGGAGCAGAGGGAGCUUGGGGGCGCGUUGUUCCGCGUCGAUGUUGGCGCCAGGGGUCUGGAGCCGUUUGAGUUUAAGCUCUGA